AUGCUCCAUUUACAAUGUGGUACGUUUUGUUUGCUUGUUCCGACCAAAAAGAAUUUUAAAGAAAAUAGUGAAUCAUUUGAAUGUGAUACAGCUUUGGUCGGACUUGGUAAAUCACGUGGCAAAAGUGAUAUUUCUGGCAGAACUUCACCAGUUAAUUUGAAAUCCUCAAAAUCUGAUGAAUUGAAUAAAGAUCAGCAAGAUGAUAAAAAAGAAGCUAAAUCAUUAGCAUCUUUACAAAAAGGAGAAGAACCAAACGUCGGAAAGAAGUCAAAGGAUACAUCUGAGAAAGCAAAUACAAGUAAUGAUAAACCAAAAGAAACUAUAAAAACAGAUAAGAAGAUAGAUGAAAAGCAAACUUCAUCAGCUGAAACAACCAAUAAAUCCACAACUAAUUCAGACAACAAUACACAAGCACCACAAGGUAAGUCGGCGGCGUCUGUGCGUCUAGUAGAUCUAGUGAGUCAAGGAUCAACAGAUCAAAAUAAUCAAAAAAAUCCAUCCUCUACGUUGAUUAACUUUUUAACAUCACCUAUACAAACAAUAAAAUCAAACAGAGCUCCAAGUCCAACAAUGCCUGCAAACACUAAACUGGUGGAUGAAGUUAAAGAGCCAGAAAUUGAUACAAAAUCUUCCGAACUCAAAGAAAAACAAAAUAAAAACCCAAAGGAUGAAACAAAUAAAAUUCAAUCUAAAAAUGUUGAAAUACAACCAAAUAUUAAUGUUGAACAAAAGAAAGGGACUACUUCCGUUUCACAACCUGAAACAAUUAUAAAAACACAAGAAGAAGUUAGUGUUCCGACAUCAAAACCACAAGAUGACAAAGUUUCUGAGACUCAGAACAAGUCAAAUAAUAUCACUAAGUCGGUAUCAGAAAUCCCAGUUAAAACAACUGAAACUAAUAAACCGCAAAAGGAAAACCAAAUCAAUAAACCAGAAGUCGGUCAACCCAAUACAAACUAUUUAGUCCCUUCUAAUAUACCUGAACCCGGUACUCAGCUGAAACUAAGACGAAAUGGUGUUGUUGCAAGAUCAGUAGAUGAACAACUUAAGCCUUACCAACCUAAGAUUGCCAGUAAGCAGCCUAAUCCACCCGAUUUGAAUUUAACAUCAGAUAAAGGAGUUAAUCGUUCAGUAAUUAUUGGACAAAGAGAACAUGAAAAAUACGAUGAAAGUCAAAGAAUUAAUCUAAAAAAUUUAGAUCCUUGUAGAUUAUCACUUUUCUCAGCAAUUGAUUUAAAGCAUUCUGGUUUCGCCAAUGCUGAAGAUAUUGAAAAUUGUUGGAACAAGCUUGGAGUUCCAGAUGUAGAAAAUCUACUCAAAUAUUUAGGAUUUCCGAAACAUGGAAUGAUCAAUCUUGAUCAUUUAACACAAUCAUUACAUGAAGCAUUAGAAUUGAACACUUAUGAUGAACCAAGUGUAUUGGCUGGAAUUCGUUCAAUGAAUUUGGAAUUAUAUUUGACUGAAGCACUGAAAAAUGCCUAUGGAAAAGAAAUUGAAAAACUUGAAACAAAUCUUACAGAAGAACGUGAAAUGAUUUUACGCUAUUUUCAUCAACAACUAAAUGAAAUACGUCAAAAAAUGGACAUUUUACUUGGUCAAAAAGAAGUUGAAAUUAGACAAGUUCAACAAAAACUUGAUAAAACAAUUCAAUCAUCUAAUGAAAUUGAAAUCAAAAAUAAAGAUGUCGAAUUCCUUCUCCAGACUGAAGAUAGAUUCUUGAGUUUCAUUACAAAUCUAAGUGAUAUUAUGGAAGCAGAAAUUAAACAAUGUGAAAUGGGCAGGGAACAGUUUAAUCAUAUUUUCUCUUUUAAUGAGAAAAUAAAGAAGAAAGUAGAUCAGGUGAAAAGUCAAGCAGAAAACGGUAACCAUUUUAAACGUCUGAAAGAUUCAAUUCAAAUUCUCAAAGACUAUAGUCAACUACUACAAAUAAUCGUCAUUAAAUUUGCCGGUAUACAACGUCAUACACAAUUUAUCAUAAGUCAAGAAAAGGAGAAAAAUGAAAAACUUGAAAAAACUCUGGAAAUACAACAAACAAACUUAUCUAAUUUACAGACAACAUAUGAUAAUAUAUCAAGACAAAAUCAAAAACUUUUCAGUGAAAAUGAAGAAUUACAACAGAAAAUCCAAUCAAAAGAGGCAACAAUUAAAAAUCUACAGGAAGAGAAUAAUCAAUUGUCAGAGAAUUAUAAAAGUGUUUUAAAGAAAUUAACUGCCAACAGUAUUAACAAAAACAACAGUAAUAAUAUUAGUACAAAUAAUGUUAGUAGAAAUAAUGGGACUUAUGAAAACGAUAAAAGUAAUCAUGAUAACAACACCAUUGAUCGUAAACAAAAUAACAACGAACAUUCAUCGCCUGAUCCAAAUCAUCAACAUCGUGAAUCUUCAAUGAAUCCAGUGUAUAUGAUGUAUCCGGAAAAGAAUAGUAUGUCACCAUAUCAUAUGACAAAAGACCAACUAGCUAUGCAACAAUAUCAAAAUGAUUUAGAAGAAACUAUUAGGAAACAAGCGAAACAAAUUAGACAAUUGAAAAAUACGGCGUCCAAAUAUCGACCGAAUGAUGCUACAUGGACAGAAAUGAUUGCCACAAGAGAUCAAUGAAUAAAGCAGAGAUCAGAAAAACUUCGAAAACGUAACACCAGAGUAACAUUAACAUUCGAGAUUUAUUCUGGGUAAAGGAAGAAACUACUAGAAAUCAACACAAUCCCAAUUUUAUUUAUCUGAAGAAAUAUUGGAUGCAAACUGCUUUAUAUUGAUUUAAAUUG